AGGAAGUACGCGCUGGCAACCACGUGACUUCCUCUACUUAUGGACCCACUCUCUCUCGUGCAAUAUUUAUGCUGCAAUUCGGUCGACAUAGAUGAUGAUGGCCUUCACCAAGACGCUUGCCCCUCCCAGUUGGCUGCUUUAAUAAUACUAAUUGUGUUAGAGGGAAAGUGGAGGUAUAUAUUAUUUUUUAAUACAUAUUUAUUUAAUGUCAUCGCUCAUCGGCUGCGCGUGCAAGCAUAUCCCCUUGAAAAGUUCAACAUGGCCUCCUGGUUAAUCCCAUUUCGUCUGCCCUUGUUAUCAAAUCGGCGCUGCUGCAAGUGCGACCUCAUGCGGACAGUUUGGAGAAGUGUCGACAGAAGCGACCUUGCUCAUCUGCUAGGGAAUUAUGAUUUCAGAUUGUCCCUGAAGGCAGCACCUGAAUGAAGUAGAUGGAAUGACAGAUGGAGAGAGAGAGAAUCUAUUUUUGUUGAUGACAACUUUUUUUGUCGUUAUUUCAUUAAGAAUAUUCUUGCUGUGAAGAAAGAAGUUUGUCAAAUGAGGUUCACUGGCUUUGAAGCUUAAAAUUCUCAAGACACUUAUGAGACAACCGCAACCUCCAUUACUUGAAGAGACUUCACGCUGGACUCGGACAUGCGAUACCAACGUCGCCUUUGUGCUCCGCUUUGCAGCCCUCCCUCCAGUUUGUUUCAAAACUAACCCCACCUGAAACCUGGGCCCGGCCAAUGGGCUGCGGAGAUGUCAGCGCCUCCUUUGUUCGAAACCAAUCAGAGUGGAAGCGCGGCAUGUUGCCCGAGGGGGGACAACUCAGGGCUGCCCGUGUUAAUCAUGCAUCACUUAGCCGUUGCCAAUGUGUUCACAACGCCAGACCCUCUUUUUGGCUUUUCACAGCGACUCUCUUCAUUUCUUGGGCCCACUUAGUAUGGAAAGUCAACAACAAUGGCUUACCAGGCUCAAAGAUGAACUUAGCAGCAGUCCGCUGGUCUCCAACGUGGCAUUCGGCUUCAUCCUCAUGGGACUGGAGAAGCUGGUUGAACUGGAGUUCGAGUGUCCGUGCAACCCGACGUGGAACGGCGUGUUUUCGUCCGCCUUCUUCAUCCUCCCGGCCGUCAUGGCCUUCACCUUGAUGCUCAUCAUCCAGGGGUGCCGUUGCGACGUGUGGCGUCGCCGGACCGUAUCGCUCUCCAGCGUGGUGCCCGCCGUCGUCUGGCUCAUUUUGCUCUUCUUGGACGGCCAGUACUUUGCCUGCGCUAUGACAGACUGGGAGGGUAGAUUUGUGCUGGUGGACAGGGCGGCUCCGCAGAAGUGGUGCGAACCAAUAAGUGAUGGAGGUGUCCCCCAGCAAGAACUCAUGCUGCGUUCGCAGCAGCUCUUUGUUUUCUCUCAGGUACUAGGCAUCAUCCUGCUCAUUGUCAUCUGCGUGGGGCUCGUCAUCUAUGUGAUCAGACAAAGUUGCCAACAAGAAGUGGAGGAGCUUCAGGAUACAGAGGUUGCCGAGCUCACCGUCCUCAGGAUGAGUUCUCUGCAGACCAGGACGUCUUGAGACACUUUGAGGAAAAUUGCCCCCCCUCCCCAAAAAAAGCUGAGAUCCAGAGGCCGGAUGAAUGUAACCACGUUUUUUAUAUUCUAAUAUUAUCAGCGUAUGGUCUAAUAGUCGACCAAAAGACAUUUUGGAGCGAGGUUUCUCGAAUUUCUUCAGCUGAAGACCCAAAUAUGGAAUUUGGUUCCUUUCCAGGUACCCAACCAUAUGAGAAUACUGUCGCUGCAUUCAGCGGAUCAGGACCGCUUUAAAAAAAAAAAAGAAGUCUUGCGUUUCUGUUCAUUUGAGUUCAAACACGAACGCAACACAAACCAAAGACCAGUGUUCAAUGAAAGGAAUUAAUUUUAAUUAUUCAAUAUUUUGCAGAAAAAAAAAGAUCAAUAAAUUUGUCAAAAUUCUCCCUCCACAGA